AUGCUGCAGGGGAUGCUAAUUUUGCUCGUCUUAUCCGCCAUCACGAUUCCUACUCAUGGUGGACCAGAAGAAAACGAAGGAGUGAAAUAUGCCGAUCGUUGCGAAGCUUGCAAAAUUCUUGCAACGGAGCUGCAGGGCCGCCUCACCGAAACGGGCCGUUCACACGAUGUUAUCGAGCUGGGGUACUCGGUGGAUGACGUGAAGCCAAAAAAGCGCACCGAAUACCGGCGUAGCGAGCUGCGGUUGCUCGAAUCGAUGGAAAAUGUGUGUGAGCGGAUUCUUCAGUACAACAUUCACAAGGAGCGCAAGGAUAGUACCAGGUUUGCCAAAGGUAUGUCACAGACUUUCCAAACGCUACACGGCCUCGUAGAUAAGGGCGUGAAAGUAGAUCUAGGAAUCCCAUAUGAGCUGUGGGACAAGCCGUCUGCCGAGAUUACCCAAAUGAAAACGCAAUGCGAAACGUUAAUAGAAGGCUACGAGGAUGUUAUUGAAAAGUGGUACUUUGAGAAGCAGGACCAGAAACCAUUGAUAGAAUAUCUGUGUGUCGAUCAUGUGCUCAAGAACAAAAAUCACGAAUGCCUUUACGAGAAACUAGGCGAUACAAAAAACAAUGAAAAGGAAGCAAACGCGAAGGAAGAAUUGUGAAAGCUCUAGUCUACAGUCUGAGAAGAGAAGAGGAAGCAAACUCAUAAAUCCAAUUCGAAUUACAUUAGCUUAAUGAUGAUAACUGCCACCCAAUUUUAAACUAUUCAAUAGCGCUCUCCGAGCAAACUGUGUUCAUGAAAUUAGUCAUCACCAUUGAAUCAGCAAUUUCAUUAGUAUUACCAUCCCUGACCAAAAUUCGUUGUAUAUGCUAUGAUUUCCUUUUAAAGUUGUAGAAUCCUAUGUGUUUUAAUUUUUCAAUAAAUUUUAUACUAU